UGCUACGCUACGAGCUCCACGCCUUUCAUUUCACUCCAUUUCACUCGUGAAAGUUUUUUAUUUUCAUACCUUUGCGUUGUAGGAAUUCCUUUUUUAAACAAAACAAAUGGAUGUAGUUAAAGUUCUUGUGAUUUUUUUUCUAUAGUGCAAAAAAAUGCGAGCUUGUGAAAGUUUUUGGUGGAGUUGAUGAGCUAAGGCAGCAGGCACAAUGCUCCGACGAUGGUCUUGUAGUCCGUAUGGCGGCGUCCACGACGACGACGCCGGUUUCCUGUGUCACUCUACAUUGAUAUAGACCUCCUGGUGAAACCUUGCCAAGUUUCUAUUAUAUCAUCGCAACGCAGACAAUAAAACGCCUUUAACAUGAAUUCCACGGAAGCGAGUCUCGAUGUUAACCGGUCAACUCCAAUAGUUUCAAUUGGCACAACUUUUAUCACACAAUGGAAACUUCAAAAACUGAAGCAACGGACCUGUACGUCGGGGUCGUACCAUGAAUGUAUCGAAGGAUAUGUAACGGCCAAUGGCACCAACUUUAGUGAUGUCUACUAUUUCAAUAACUCCUUAGAUAAUAUUCUCUCUGCUAAUGGUGGAUUGCAACCAGUACUGCCACCGUUCCCUCUAUGGCUGGCCGCUAUCUUCGCGACUUGCUUGGUUUUGGUCAUCCUACUGACAGUCAGUGGCAAUGUGCUGGUACUACUCGCCUUUCUUGUGGACCGUACUAUUCGCCAACCUAGUAACUAUUUUAUCGCUUCACUAGCUGCCACGGACCUGCUGAUUGGUACUUUGUCGCUUCCAUUUUAUACCGACUACGUCUUGAAAGGAUACUGGCACCUAGGGCCACUGUUGUGUGAUCUCUGGCUUUCUGUUGACUACACUGUUUGUCUUGUAUCCCAGUACACUGUCCUACUCAUAACUGUAGACCGAUUCUGUAGUGUCAAAAUAGCUGCGAGGUAUAGAUCUUGGCGCACUAAAAACAGAGUCAUAUGGAUGGUCACUGUAACGUGGAUUAUACCAGCCUUAUUGUUUUUCACUACAAUAUUCGGAUGGGAACACUUCGUAGGCUACAGAGACCUUCAAGAAGGUGAGUGCGCUGUCCAGUUUCUGAAAGAUCCGAUAUUCAAUACAGCGCUCAUAAUUGGAUACUACUGGACAACCUUAUGUGUAUUGAUCAUACUUUAUGCUGGAAUCUUCAAGACCGCUUAUGAUAUGCAAAAGAAAAGCGAAGCAAAGCAAAGAAAAAUGCAAUCAAUGGUAGCUCUCAGCGCGGGUGUAAUGUCAGGCAUGGCUGGUAGAGCGGCGGGAAUGUCUGGAUUGUCUAAUGUCUCAAUUUCCAACGAAGAUCAAAUGAAAGUAUCUGAAGCCAUUCGUAAAGAUUCAACGUCUAAAGGAUCAUUAGCUGCACCAUUGCUAACCUUGGGUGGUUCUACCGAUUCUAAUUCCAGUCAGAAAUCUUCAGCGCAUAAAAGUAGCGCCACAGUUACUGGUACAUCAACUACUGCCGAAUCUGAUUGCGAUAAGAAAGAAGAUCAGGUGGAAACCGAACGAUCUAGCAGCCCUGCAUUUGAUUCCGAUGACGAGAGCGCUACUCAAACCAAUGUGAAAAAACGACCAUCUGUUGCUAACUUGGUAAUGCAAACUGGAGCUAUGCAGCUACUAAACAACAUGCGUUUAAACGGUGGAAUGUUGAUCAAGGCUGAUUUGAAACAAUCUCCUCUAUUGAAGUACGACAGCGAUAAGCCAAAAUCUUCCCUUUCUCAAAUAUCCGAGAAAAGUAUGUUGGAUACUGAUAACCAUGACAUUUCUCACACUGUUGAACAAAUGCCUGCACCAACAGUGCCUCAUUCUACUACCAGUGUCACAUCUCCUACCUCAUCGGGUUUCGCUACGCCUUCCGAUGUCUCCACAACUAUUGCUCAAAGAAUUAUUCCCCCACCGUCAGAUUUUAGAUGUAGUCCUACUGUCUCUGAAAGCCCUCCAUCUCACUCGGAGUCAUCGCGAACAAAAACUGUGAGGAUAAUAAAGACUGAUGGUACUUCCUACGAUGUUCUUGUUGCUAUGGAUGGAGCUGACUUGCGAUAUAUGGAUGAGAGCUCAGUUAUAGUUCCUACACCCACGAACGAGAGUCCACCAUCAUCUGUUACAUUUCCAACAGCAACUGAACCACCAUCACCUCCUACAAUGAAUUCGGCAAAUGUAACAAACACUUCGUUACUACAAGCUGCUCUUAUACGAGCAACAGCCGAAGCAAAAGUCACCCAAAUUAAAACUAGUUUUUCGCCUCCGCCUCCCGUAAAGGUAAAUACUGAAGUGAGCUUAACGUCAGGGGAACGACCUAAACCUGUAAUCACUCUCGUGUCGUCUUCCAAUAACAAUGCUCCUCAGACAUCGAAGCCGAGCGAUUCGCAAAUUUCACCUUCUUUAAAGCCUUCUAUAAGCCCGGCUGUAGAGAAUAGCGAAGUGUCAAGCGCGGCAGCAAGUGGGUCAGGUCGGGCCGGAUCUAAGCGAGAGUUUGUUAAAAACAUAGGGAAAAAAUUAAAAGUUAAACGCUCCAAGCGCGAAGGCUUAUUCGCUGGUAUCGGACGGCAAAAAUCCAAAUCGGAAAACCGAGCCAGGAAGGCGUUCAGAACCAUAUCGUUUAUAUUGGGAGCAUUUGUAAUUUGUUGGACUCCUUAUCAUAUAUUAGCAUUAGUCGAAGGAUUUUGUACGAAUCCUCCGUGUAUUAAUCAGCAUCUGUACAUGUUUUCGUAUUUUUUGUGCUAUGCGAACAGUCCUAUUAAUCCUUUCUGCUACGCAUUGGCAAACCAGCAAUUCAAGAAGACUUUCACGAGACUCCUACGGGGAGAUUUUCAUAUCACCUAGUCCAUGUACGUCGGUUAUAAAACCGCGUAAAUUUUGGAUACUCUAGGAAAAUUAAUUCAAAACGUUACGCGCACAAACACUGAUCUCUACAUGAACAUAUUAUAUUAAAUGCUAAGACAAUACUUUACUCGUUGAAUGACUCUCGUAACG